GUUUAAUCGUUGGUUAAUUACAUGGUGGUUUUACCCCUGCAUGGAUAGACAAGGUAGACAACUCUAUUAGACCCUGCUUUUGGACCACUUUUGACCACGUCAUUGGGGUCAAACCAUCACUAAGGAUCGUUGGAAUCAUACGAGAAGGCUGAAGCCUAGCCUUACCGCCCGCUCAUCGUCAAACGGCAAAACUACACCAACCCGAUCCACAUCUAAUGCUGCAAGAGGUCUAACCAUCCACCGGACCCCCUCCCCACAGAGAUACUUUGAUGAGGAGUAUGACUAUUGAUCCCUUGCUGUUCUGUCGAUUUUCGUGAUUAUUAGCCUCCCCUGCUAUCAUCAUGAAGGGGACUGCCAUCCUCAGUUUGAAACCUUGGGCAAACAUCCACGCUCCAUUGCCUCGGACCCCUAGAGAGUCCCGGCAACUCCUCAACGCCCUUACGUCCUCCUUUCGUCGCCAACUAGACCACGAAUACCCCGUCCCCCAAUCUUCGUCCCCCGCUGCGGUCGCGGAUUCAAAUGGAAGGGAGCAGCAGGGAACCGCGGGGAAUCCCAACUCGUCAGCCCAUGCGACCGACAACCAUCUGCGCACCAUCUUGGACAAUCCUCUGUUUCGAGUAGUCCCCUCCAAAGCGGACGUCCUGCGGGGCCAGCCGGGCCCCCCUCGGCUCAAAGACCAGAGGCUGGCGAAGGAACCCAUGGUGGUUUUUGAUGAAUUGGUCGCGUCGGGUUCUGUCACCAGUGCCGACUUAUAUACCUGUCUCCAGUCCCAGCUAUUGCUCGCAAGUGCUCACACCGGCACGGGCUUUGCCAAGGCACUCAAGGAAUCCAAGGCGGGCUCCAAAGUCGUCGCUUGGUGGUUGGCGUCGGACUCGGAGGCGCGCAAGCUGUUGUUCAGGUCCCGCAGGUCGACGACGUGUCUGUUGAAGUUUAUGGUUGCAGAAGGCCUGCAGGAUACCGUCUUCUUGUGGCUGAAAAUGAUGGCGAAGCAGAACGUAGGAGGACACAAUGGUCGCAUUCCAGAGGGCGUGGCGCAGAAGUUGUUCAACCACCUGCUAGUCGACCUGGUGACGGCGGAAACACACUACGGGCGCGGAUUGGACACGGCUUUUCGGCACUAUAUACGGGCUUGUAAAGCGUAUCCGUCUGCGAGUUACGGGCUCGCUCAGUCCGAAGUGUCGGUCCUACGAUCGUCGGGCGCUCAUCUGCAUGAUCUGAUGAUGCAGGUCGUCCCCUCUCAGGCCAACCAGGUUCUUCCGGCUACGUACGAGGAGUUCGCGGCGAUUUUUUCGACGUUGGCUCCCAGUCCGUUACUAUCUGCCAAGGUGUCCCUCCAUCACCCAACGCAACCCGAUCCGCUUCCCUUCGUUGCCUUUGUGGUAGGGCUCCCAGCGGAUGGGCUGAGGUCUUGGCCCGAGGCACAGCGAGAUAACCUUAUGCGUUGUGGCUUUGAUGCCCUGCGCAUCUUACUGGACCGGGACCAAAUCAAGACGGCGUCAGAUCUCGCCCGUGCCAUGCAGCGGCUCGUGCCGGCGAAAACGCCCACUUCAACCCAGGGGUCCAAGACCGCCUUGCAUACGACGGCCGAAGAAGAGCAUUUACUGGCCCGCCUGGAUCUAGCCCUGGCAUGAGCAUCGUGGGUGAUCAAGAGCGUUAUCGCUUCCAUCGGAGCGGAAGAUUACAUGGAACGAGGCAGUUAGGUAUAUUUCCGACCGUGCGCAGUUCCAUUUCGCCCCAAGUAACCCACGGGGUCGACGUCAUGAAUUGGGAACAUAACAUAACUGAUGCCGAUCGGAGAGGGGUGAUUCGUCAGCCCUGAUCUGCAAGCGAGAAAGCGGGAGAAUGCCUGGUGGCCCCUGGUCACACCAUCAACAUCAUCUACUCCGCAUCCUGCUCCACCGGGGCCACGCUAAUGGGUCUUCUUCUCCUCUUCUUGGCAUGCUUACUUGAGCCACAGGCUAUG